GAAAUUGGUAAUUUUCCCCUUCUUCAAGUUAGACCCAAAACGAAAAAAAGGUUCGUUUAAAGAGCUCUGGUUGGGUUUAACUUGGAGGAAUUAAUCGAGUUUGGUGAUCUUCUUCUUAGGUUUUUUUCUCGAUCUGGUUGAUUUGCUUAAACAUCUGUAACUAUGGCGGCAGAACCCAAGGCAGCUGUCGAAGUGGUGAAGGUGGAUCUAUUCGAGGACGACGAUGAGUUCGAGGAAUUUGAAAUCAACGAAGAUUGGUUGGAGAAAGAGGAAGUGAAGGAAGUUAGCCUGCAGUGGGAAGAUGACUGGGAUGAUGAUGAUGUCAGUGACGACUUCUCGCGUCAGUUAAAGAAGGAGCUUGAGAAUGCUAGUGAGAAGAAAUGAGGUCCAAGAUUGCGAGAAAGGCAGGUCUUCUCAUUUAGGGAACCUUGGCUUUUUUGUUUGAAUUGCAUCCUUUGGUUUAUCGUAGCAUGUAUCGGUUCUCCUUUUCCUUUACACAUUAUACUCUUCCUUGGAUGCAAAUUUCUCGUCUUUGAAGAUGAUAAAUUUGAGCUGAUAGUAAUUCUAUUCUGAUAAUCACCAUCUUCUCUCAACACAGUGCGGUGUGGACAUGGAUUGGUUUACUAUGUACAUCACAAAAUAACCGUAGAGAUAACAUUCAAAUAGACAUAGCUGAUGUGCGUCACAACAUUACAUAUAGUGUUAGCGUCCACAAGCCAGAAGCGAGAAAACAUCAUUUUGUUUCUAAUAUUAACAUAAAAUCUUGUGCAAGACAACAACCAAAAACGGAAAGCCUAAUAACAACUUACCAAUUUUCAAAAAGUUCACAUCAGGCAUAGGCAUAGGGUAUAUGAAGACAGCAAAGAUAAAUGUAGCAGUCAAAGCCCUCAAGAAAACUUCUCCAAUACCUAAUUUUCUUCUUCUUCUUCUUCUUUGG